GUAGUAGCUGAGAGGAAUCGCAUGGGUUGACGUUCGGACCCAUAAACAAACAGAGAAUAGAUCAAACAAGCGGAUAGAUUCUUUUACAGAUAUGAAAAGUUUGAGGGGUACAUUCGCAAAUUUUCCAAGAAAAUAAAAUAAUCUAAAAUAAAAUAAAUCGAAAGUAAAACAUAGAAAAAGAACCGUAAGUUGUCCGGUGGAGGUUUCCAUUUCUGAUUCCCAUUCCAAUUUAGCUUCACCAGCGAUCAUCCAUCGCUUUAACCCGAACCCGACACAGAAAACUAGGGUCCGAUGGCGAGCCUGUGGCGGGCCGUGACGGGCCAGUCCGAGAAUCCCGACAACUACGAUGGCGUGGAGUACUGGUCCAACCCGGAGCGAACCGGGUGGCUGACGAAGCAAGGCGAGUACAUCAAGACAUGGCGCCGUCGCUGGUUCGUGCUCAAGCAAGGCAAGCUCUUCUGGUUCAAGGAGUCCACGGUCACCCGCGGCUCUAUUCCACGUGGCGUCAUCCCGGUGGCUAAUUGCCUCACCGUCAAGGGUGCCGAGGACGUCCUCAACAAACAGUACGCCUUCGAGCUCUCCACCCGCUCCGAGACCAUGUACUUUAUUGCCGACUCCGAGAAGGAGAAAGAGGAUUGGAUCAACUCCAUCGGACGGUCCAUAGUGCAGCACUCUAGGUCAGUUACCGACUCGGAGAUCGUCGAUUACGAUAGCAAGCGGUGAGAUUUAGAAGUCGACUAGCUGAGCUUGAUCUUUGUAUCUUCGCACAUGGAUAAUUUGGUGGAAUUUUGUGGGGUCUCUAAUUUUCUGUUUGUAUAUGGAUUCGGAUCGUGUUUGUGGUCUUUGUAAGGAUAUUCUCUUUGUUUGGUGAUGAUCAGUGUUCGGUGAUCGGAUCUUAUGUUGCGGUAAAUUAUUUAUGCUUUUGUUUUCUUUUCAAAUUUUUGAAUCGAGGGUUGAAUUUUCGAUUUUGUUGCUUAUUGUUGGGAGCUUAUUUGUUGGGAGCUUCUUUGUUGGGGAUUUCAGUAUGAUUUUUGUGCUUA